AUGAAAUUUCUUAUUGACUUAGGGGAAACAGAGGAGAGAUUUGAUUGACUUCAAACAAAGGAAAUAAAAGUAGAAGACCUGAAUGAAGUUAGAUGAGCUCUAAGAAGAGCUAUAUGAGGAUCAUUUCUUGGAGGAUUCAGCAUUUAUUCAUCACUUUCAUGGUACAGGUGAAAAGGAGGAUUUAAACAUUAUGAGCGAGAUAAGGUAGGAUCAAUGAUAGUUUCAAUAACUCUCCCAAUUGUUGGGCUUACUAGCUCUGUAGUUAUCUUUGCUGCUGGACUUUACUUUUUUUUCAAGACUACAGACAGGAUGUACUUUAAAUACAAACAAUUAGAAGAGUUUCAAUCAGAAGGAAUUAGCAAUAAUCAGCCAAUUACUGACACAGCAGCUAUUGAAUCUUAA